AGCUCCAGUUUUUACUACUGUGCUACCUCCCCCCCGAUGAACAAAGACCAACUCGACCUGUCGGGCCUCGCGUACUAUUUAUAAGUUAGCAAGUCACUUUCCGUAGCCCCCGCCCCGGCUCUUUUAGUUUGCCUUGCCCGUGUCGUGCCUGCUUGCUGUGUUUGUUUUCCAAAAUUUGGGUGGAGCAGGCUUCAGUUUGUCUUCUUACUGUACCUGUUCAAGAUCGUCCCGGGAAAAAGUAGAUCUUCAACACCUUCAACCGGAACAACAGAAAAUGUCCAAACCCGGCUUCUCGCGAAAGCCAUCACAAAUGACGAAGGCGAAAGGCAGCUUGGCGCCGCGGCCGUUCCCGUGGGUGCUCAUGGUUGCGACUCAAUGGGACGCAUUCUGGCCUACGCUUCUAUUUUCUAAGCAGUGCGGGGGAGCUACCCCCUCCCACCUUCAUGUGUACGGCUACGUCUGGCCGACUGACAAACCCGACCGAGCGAAGGGCGUUGGUAUGUCGUCGCCGAGGGGGGGGUGCUCAAAAUGGAAGAAAUGUAAGUAUUUUCCAAGGCCAUCGCGGCUCUGCUUUUGAAUUUGAUAGGCUUGUGGCCUAUGAUUGCGGCCACAUGUAGACAGACACAUAAGUUCCGCUAUGUUAACAUGUGAUGGCGCAAACCAUGAAAGCAACGAACACACUGACGCGCACGCGCAUUUUCAUCAACACCCCCCUCUUGGGCAAUGCAUAUUCGGCUUGCCGAGUCGCGGUCGGAUCAGCAAGGUGCGGCGUAGCGUCGGAUCGUUGCAUGGCAGAUGGAACGCUACCGAAACGACGUUCGCCCAGCCCGUGCCCGAAUCAGCCUCCGACGUGUGCAUUGUUGCGAUGGGCGAAGAGUCCUCAGCAACAAGGCGGGAGGUGCAGGCCCUGCUCUAUUCACUUGGCGUACAGCAGCGAAAUCAGAGUGCCCCGAUUGCGUUGCAUGUCGCGAUACUAAUCGCAAAUGUGCCUGGGUCUGCAAGGUUAUCAAGCCGAUGCACGACUGAUAAAAUCACGCCUAAAGUACGCAGCCUGGCAAGCAUGACAGAUUUUUUAACAGUCGUGUGGUGCGUAACACGAACGAGAAACUGUGUUAAUUCCGGAACAGGACGUAAUUCCGCAACAGUACGCAUUAAUUGGAGGUGGUUUAGCAUUACUUUUACAAAGCUUGCAUUCUUUCCCGACCCAGACAUGAUAUUUGCACUCGAUACGUGACGGACAAGAACCUCGAUGCGAUCGUACGUCAGUCCGCUGCGCUGCACGGUCUGCAAGUGGAGACCGUACUCGUCGAAGGCAAAGUUCUGGAAGGAAUCGAAAACCACAUCAAAAGCAUGCAUGUAAACCCCGAGCACGAGACUGGAAUUGGUGGCUUCACAAAAUUGUUCUUGUUCGAACUUUUUCCGAGUGUCGCGCGUUGCGUCGUCCUUGACACCGAUGUCGUGGUAAGUGCGCCCCUCGUGGAGUUGCUGAGCGCCUGGGACAAUGAGUCGCUGGUCCUUGGCACGUGGCGUCCCACCCAUCAACUCGGCGACAAGAUUAAUACCGGGGUGAUGGUUCAAAACUUCAGACAAAUGCGGCAGAAGGGGCCGGCGGGGAAGACUUGGUUGGAAUCAAUGAUGGGGGCAGCUCAGCUUGCGAAAAAGCUCUCACUGCCGGACCACCACAAACAAACUGGCCUCCUGGAGCCACCUUUUCCGGAUCAGUUCGUGCUCCACCUGGUGCUGCUGGUCUACUCCGGCGAAGGCUACGAGGCUGAGAAGCCUACUGAAAUUUUUCCGAAGGGCCUGCAAGUGCUCGACGUCAGUUGGAACAACGAGAUGUGCGGGGGAUUUUCCGGCAUGUGCGAGACAGAAGGGAUUGGGAAAGUGCUUCGUCUAGCGCAUUUCAACUGCGGGCGCACCUUGUCGCAGCCUUGGUGGAACAGCACUGGCUUCCUCGGAAACGGGAAGUGGAAGACUUGCAUGCACAGGCUGAUACCUUUUUUGGGUUCGGCGAUUGAGUUUGCAGAGGGAGAGUUGCCGACAGCGUCGUGAAACUGGUUCGCGAGGUGUCGAAACAGCCAAAACGAUUAAGGACACGAAAACUGCACUUCAUGUAGCAAGUUUGUUUUCUUCUCUAGCAAGGGCGACCCCAUCAUAGCAGUGCGCAGCGUUUUUUAUAGUUUCAAUACGUAAUCGGCACUGGCGCAGCUGCUACGUAGGGGUAUGCAUAACUAACAGCGCAAAGCUAAUUGUUAUUGUUUUUUCUAUUUUUAACAUUAGCCGUUUUAUCCUAGCCUUAGCCAUACCUAUUUCGAUAACUGCGAGACCAUCACGAUUAGGAAAAUUUGCGCAGGGUGCAUGAUUUCUAUUCCAACAUUUUUUUUUUCUGAACCUCGCAUUUACUUACUAAUUUGGCAUUCCCCUAUCACAUUACGGAUUUCUCCCCCCGUCCGUCCUCGUGGCCCUUCCGCUCUGCCUGUGGCUCCCUCUGGAGCAGCUUCGGAGUGGUUGGACUAGAGCAUCAAUUUGAUGCUCUCUACCUUCGCUACUCCUGCUGCGCACCCACUAACAUUGCAGGUAGAUUACAAAAAGGUCUGGAAGGGUGCAAGAGACAACACUCAAACUUCAUCUCGUACUUGCUUUUAACAAUUCUUCAAUGCUUUCACCGCGGCAUUUAUUGGAUCCCAAGAAAUACGCAACUGAAAUGAAAAUAGAAAAAGCGCAAGUAAAAAAUAAUAUAGCUGUACCCCAGUUUUUACAAUCGGUUUCAUCUGUUUCAGCACUGCUUCAAUUUUAUAUCCCUGCUCCACUACUAGUUUCCGAAGAACGGAGGUGGUUGUUGCAACAUAAGACAAGCUCGAUGGAACAACAACAUCUCGACUAGAAGAGGUAGUAGAAAACGACUUCUUUACAUCAAAUCAACCACAGGCUUGUGCGUGCGCUAAAUCUACAGCUUCAUGCACUAGCGGAAGUUGUAAAGGAUGAACAUACAAUUACAAUUACAACGCGGUGCCCAACCAGGCAUCAACAGUAUGAGACUUUCGUCCACGUGGCCGGGAAAUCGUGCGCUUCAAGAAACCUCAGGAUCGCGCAAUGCAUGUGGCUAAACCAUAAACCCUAGUUUUUAUCUCUAUAGUACUCGGUCGUGGUGUUUUCCCUCGUCGUCCUGACGUGCUGCCCAUACAAAACCUGUUUAGAGCAAGACAGUCAGACUGGAAUUAGGGAGGAAAAGUUCCUCCUUGUGACGUUAAAGCAAGUGCCUUCCAAUGUUUUUCGUCUCUUUGAAAUAGAUCGCAGUCGC